CACACCCAUGCAAAAUCGGGGCAUGAAUGAAAAUGGCUGCGACGUACGAUUCGUUUUUGGCGUUAGUUUAGUUUCUUUCGGAAUUUACUGGUGCAAAGUAGCGGUACUCUUACUGCGCUCGUGUGUGUGUGUGGGAGAGUGCGCGGUGUGCGUACGCGUGUGUGUGUGCGGUGGGGCAGCCUUAAAUCACGUGCAUACAAAAAAAAAAACCACGGCAUUUAUUUACCUUUGAAUGCCGUUAUAAAAAAAAUAGAGGACGCCGACUCCCAGGUUCGCUGUAAUUCAAAGUCGGUAAUAGCUCGCCUAAAUCGCUUGCGUGCAUAAGUUUGUUGGUUCUAAUCAAUAUUUGGCAGACGGUCAUUUAGUUUUAAUUGUUUCAAGAAAUACCUAAACUUCGGAGUAACAACAAAAACACCUGCGACAAAGACGAUGACAGCCAAAAGCGAUAGGGACAUUCUGGCCAACUCCAUGUACGAGGAUGACCCAAAUGGCAACUCAGCGCCCACAACCACAAAGGACCAGGAAUCGGAUAAGCCGGAGGAGGUACUUAAGGUCACCACUGGCGCCACAACCACAUCCCAUAACCCGGACAUAGCCUCUCCGCGCUGGGGACCGCAGAAUAAGGGCGCCCAGGAACUGGCCUCGUUAUACAGUCCAGGAAAGCGCGCUCAGGAAAUCAUAUGCGUGUACACCUGCAUUGGCCUGAUGAUCAUCAACCUGGCCCUGAUUGUGAGGCACCUGCGUCUGGAGCGGAUAAGUGUGGCCUUUUUGUCCGCCUUGUGUGGCAUCAUCACGGCUGAUUUUGCCUCCGGAUUGGUGCACUGGGCAGCAGAUACAUGGGGAUCCGUGGAUCUUCCACUGCUUGGAAAAAAUUUUCUGCGUCCAUUUCGAGAGCAUCAUCUGGAUCCCACAUCAAUCACACGUCACGAUUUCAUUGAGACGAACGGCGACAACUUUAUGGUUGGCAUACCAAUCCUCGGCUAUUUGGCGCACUUUUUCUACAUCAGGUCACCGAGCGAAAUUCAGCAGCAUUUCGGCUGGAUAGCCUAUGUCUUUCUUUGCUCCAUAUUCGUGGCCAUGACCAAUCAGAUACACAAAUGGUCGCACACCUACUGGGGACUGCCGAGGUGGGUCCUGUUACUCCAGAGCUGUCACAUAAUCCUGCCACGCAAGCACCAUCGCAUCCAUCAUGUGGCACCGCAUGAGACGUACUUUUGCAUCACCACCGGAUGGCUUAAUUGGCCACUGGAACGCAUCAGAUUCUGGUCAACAUUCGAGCUUAUUAUCGAGCAUUUUACGGGCCUAAAGCCCCGCGAUGACGACCUGAAAUGGGCCAAGAAACUCACAUAGAUUCGCUGCCCAGCGGACUGUAUAUAGGAAACUUGGACCAAGCAGCCUUAACUUGCUGAAUGUCAUCUUCAACUGUUAUCAUUAUUAUUAUUGAAAUGUUUUGCACAACGAAGUAGCUUUAAGUGAGAGCAGAUUACAUACCUGUUAAGUUAACUGAGCAAAUGGCAUAGUUAUAAGUUGCAUGUUUGUUAUUGAUAGUUGAUUUUUAUAGUUUUAGUUAGUGUUUUAUACACACCUGCACACACUCGCACAUUAGAGCGCAUAAAAAUACAUGCAUUCAUUGAUCUCGCCACAAAUUAAACGUACUACGAGUGAGCCUUACGUAUACCUAAAUACUAAACAAAACAAAUUACUGAAUAUUAAGCACUGGCUUGUCGGAUAACUUUUUAAAAAUUUACACAAAACAAUGUUAAUUACUUGAUAAAUAAGCUUAAAGAGCAACUGAUUUUUGUACCACAUCCAAACAAAAAGACAUUUUUAAUACAUUUCAUCAUCGCAGCUUUUCGAUGGCUAUAAAAUAAACUAGUUUAUUUACAACUAUACAUAAAUAUAUACAAAAUACAAAUUAAACUAGACGCUGUAUGCAAUCAAGAACGUGACUUACAAAUUUUGCCUUAAAACAACAUUUUUAUAUGUAUAUGAUAUGAACAAUUUAUGGAAAAGCGGAUACAGUUUUUAGUAUGCACACUUUUAGUGGCAAUUGUUAAAACUUUUUUAAAAGACCAAUUUUUUAUAAUUUAUUUCAAAAAAGUCGUACUACUAGAAGGCUAGUUGCUUGUAUAAUUUGAUGUGUUGAUGCGCAACACAGUAGUUUUAAGACAGCAAUAUUAAUUGUGAUCUGAAUAAAAUAAAACUUAAUACCAA